CAACUCUACUCAACUCUACUCAACUCAAAUUCACACCCUGCUGUCAUUCCGUUUUUUCAGCCCAUGUUUCCCGUCUCCAGAGCCGCUGCCCUCUUUUGCAAGCCCCUCUUGCGCGCCUACGCCAGCAGCGCAGCCAACACCGGGCACCGCCACCUCCUCGACACCAACCGAAUGGUCGUCCGUCUAGAGUCCGAGGGCUUCAGCACUCAACAAGCCACCAGCAUAGUCACCUCGCUCACCACGGUUCUGCAAGAAAGCACGCAGACCAUUCUCUCCUCCAUUGUGACCAAAGCAGACCAAGACAAGACCCUUUACAUGUACAAGGUGGAUUUCGCGCAGCUCAAGUCGGAGAUACAAAUGAUGGAGAAGACGGAUUUUUCAAUGAUGAAGGCCGAGAACGAGAGGCUGCAGGGGGAGGUUAAUAAGCUGAAGCAGAAGCUGAGGGAGGAGAUUACAAGGACACAGGCGGGGGUGAGGCUGGAUAUGAGUUUGGAGAAGGGGAGGGCGAGAGAUGAGAGGGCGCAGCAUGAGAUUAAAAUUAGGGAGACAGACACAAAGAUUGAGCAGGAUAUUUCCGGACUGAGGACCCAGAUGGAGAGUAUCAAGUUUAAUAUCAUGCAGUACAUGAUUGGUACGAUCACUGGUACAGGCGCUUUGAUUCUGGCAUAUCUGCGCAUGUUCAAAUAAAGAAAACGUUUAUUGUUUUCAAAUGCCUGCUGGCUACAUUUUGUGGGUGGUUUGAAUGCUUGUGUAGUUUGGUCAAAAUGAUUUUUUUUUUAAAAAAAAAAGCACAAUUUGGCGUAUAAUGAAGACGGACAUUCCAUGGAAACAUGUGUAAUUUUUUUUGAAAAUAUCUCACACGUAAUUUUUCACUUUUGUCUUCAGCUUUUGGCAAUAGAAGC